GAAGGUCCACGCAGAUGGAAGGUAGGAAUUAGCCGGGCAGCUGCUUUGGGCACCCGAAGGGACUCCCCCGGAGGAAGUGGGUGUCAGGCACGGAGUGAGAGCCAGGGAGCCUAUCUGAGGAGCUCCGCAGCAGCAGCAGCAGCAACAGCAGCAGCAGGAACAGCCGCAGCAGCCGCCUCAAUCUCUGGCUCUUUCGCCUCCUUUCCUUGGCACAGACUUUGCCAGCUUGCGAGUGAUUCAAACAAGUGGCUGUAGCAUCACUCUGGAGUGGUGGCUGUGGCAAACCAAGCUCUGCUUCCAAGCUCCGGCUUUUCCACUACUGCUCACUAUCUUCCACCAGCUCUCCCCCUCAUCCAUACCCUUUUUUUUUUUAAAAAAAAUGAGGAUGAAAUAAUGUUGACAUGCCUUGAAUUAUUAAGUAUCCCCUGGAUUUUAUUAGCACAUGAUGCCUAAAUGCUGCCUGUAUCUGGUGGGGUCUUAACCGGGCGUGCAAAGGAGCGGCACACGCAGCGGCACAGGGAGCGGCGGGCAGCUCUGACAGCUGGGUUUGUGCAGAUAAGCAAACGGAAGCACCAGAAGAUCACUAGUGAGACAAGAGGCAAGCUGCGUUCAGGAGCUUCUGAGAGACUGGGGCCCGAUUCCCCAGUCCACCUCCUCCUCCUCCCUAGUGGGGUUUACUAAUUUAGGGGCGUCCUGCAGCAGCCAGGGGUGAGCGGCCAGUGCGGGGCACCCCAGGCUUCCAUUGCCUCCCCUCCCUGGGGGGGUAGCGUGCUGCCUGGUGCCUCGGCACAGAUGCCGAUUGAGAUUGUCUGCAAAAUCAAAUUUGCAGAGGAGGAUGAGAAGCAGGCGGCGAAAGAGGAAGGGGACAAGGAGAGCUUGCUAGAGGAGCCUAGCCGGCCACACCAUCGUGACCUGGCCGCCUUUGCCGGCACCAGCACCCUGCACGGCCUGGCCCACGUUUGCCGCUCAGGGCAGCUGGGGGUCCGACAGGCCCUCUGGGCACUUGCAUUUGUGGCUUCUUUGGCCUUUUUCCUGUAUCAGGCAGCCCGGUCCGCACUCUUCUACCUGGAGCACCCGCAUGUCACCACUCUGGAUGAGGAGGCUACCCAAAAGAUGGUCUUCCCAGCCAUCACCAUUUGCAACAUCAACCGCUUCCGUCAUUCGGCACUUACAGAUGCCGAUAUCUUCCACCUAGCCAAUAUGACUGGAUUGCCACCCAAGGACCGUGAUGGACACAAGGCCUCUGACCUGCUCUAUCCUGACCCAGACAUGGCUGACAUUGUCAACCGCACUGGGCAUCAACUUGAUGACAUGCUGAAGAACUGCAGCUUCAGUGGUGAGAACUGCUCUGCAGAAAACUUCACGGUGGUCUACACACGCUAUGGGAAAUGCUACACAUUCAAUGGUGACCGAAACAAACCACGGGUGACUCGACAGAGUGGGAUGGGAAACGGGCUGGAGAUCAUGUUGGACAUCCAACAGGAGGAAUACCUGCCCAUCUGGAGAGAAACCAAUGAGACUUCAUUUGAAGCUGGAAUCCGGGUACAGAUCCACAGCCAGGAUGAGCCACCCUACAUUCAUCAGUUGGGAUUUGGAGUCUCCCCUGGGUUCCAGACCUUUGUUUCCUGCCAGGAGCAGCGGCUGACAUACCUGCCCCAGCCUUGGGGGAGCUGCCAGGCCAGCAUGAAGGAGGAACAGAUCCUGCCUGGCUAUGAGAGCUACAGCAUUGCUGCUUGCCGGCUGCAGUGUGAGAAAGAGGCUGUGGUGCAAAACUGCCAGUGUCGCAUGGUGCAUAUGCCAGGCAAUGAGACCAUCUGUUCGCCCAAUGUCUACAUUGAAUGUGCUGAUCACAUACUAGAUACAGCCAUCGAAGAUUCCCAGGAACGCUGUGUCUGUCCCACGCCCUGUAAUUUGACCCGCUAUGGCAAGGAGAUUUCCAUGGUGCGCAUUCCCAACAAGGGCUCAGCCCGGUAUCUUGCUCGCAAAUACAACCGCAAUGAGACCUACAUCCGGGAGAACUUCUUGGUGCUGGAUAUCUUCUUUGAGGCACUGAAUUAUGAGGCAAUUGAGCAGAAGAAGGCAUACAAUCUGGCAGGGCUUCUGGGGGACAUUGGAGGCCAGAUGGGCCUCUUCAUUGGGGCCAGCGUCCUAACCGUCUUGGAAAUCCUGGACUACAUCUGUGAGGUGAUCCGCGACAAGGUGGCCCAUGGCCUGCGGCGCCCCAAACCACCCCUGAAGAAACCUUCGGGCAGCAUUGCCACCCUGGGACUGGAGGAAAUCAAGGAGCAGAGCUCCUGUGAGACCCUGGGCCGUCACUCUGAGGGCACCUAUGCCACAGGCCUCCUGCCUAACCACCACCAUCGCCACCACUAUUCGCCCCAGGGGGUCUUUGAAGACUUCGCUUGCUAGUCCAGCUGGCGCACCCGCUCCCACCAAGAGGAAAGGCUGCUAGGAUGGCUUUGGGUGCAGCACGUUCCACCCGUGCCAAUGGCCCUUGCUAGCCCCGAGCCAGACCCACCCGGGUUCUCCCACUUCUUAAGGCUUUCCCAAAGCAUCUGACACUCUUCACCCCCCUCCAUUCCCUCAAAUCCCUGGCCCUUCUCUAAGAAUCGGUGCCCCCCCCUGCCCCCACUGAAGCACAGAGAGGCUCAGCUGACAAGGUCAGGGAAGCCUCUGAGCCGCUUCAUUGAUCAGAAAUAAGCUUUGGGGGCAGUCGGCGCUAAACCUCAAAAGGAGAGGAAGGGCACUGGGGAACAUGGAGCCUGCUGGGGAGUAAAGAUGCCUUCUCAAGAAAGAGAAGCAAAAGUACCCUGAGGCCCAGUCGGAUGGGGCAACACUGACCAACUAAUUGUUCACAAGCCUCCUUUGGCUGCAAGCUCCACUUGAGGGGAGACAUGUUCUCUGCAGCAGCUCUCACUUUAUACUACCUUCCUCUCCAGCAUUCGUAUCUCUGUUUUUGUGUCCAUUCAGCCACCCCUUUGCCCACAUCCAGACCAUUCAAACAUGCAUUACCCUAGUCAAAAUAUUACACACGCACAGAGGUGUCUCAGGGCAGAAAUCAGGUUCUCUGUCUCAGUCUCUGCUGCUUGGCAGUGCCAUGUACCUAUCGCUCACGCACUGCUGCCCGCACUGGGACUGUGUCCAUAACAGGGUUCAAGAUCACCAAUCCUGCUCUUUCAAGUGAGAUCCAGGCUCUUUGCCUUUACUGUACAGACUCUGGCCUGUUACCUCACCCCACCUUUCAUCCUUUUUCCCUGCCACUUCCACAGCUGUAAAUGUGUACAUAACUGUUUGGGGCCAAUGGUUUUUAGCCACCCAGUCCUCUGUUGUCGCAGCUGCCCCCUGCUGGUGUCUCCAAGAACUCCUGGUGCGGCUAGGCCCCCUAAGACAUCACAGCUCAGGAUCCCUCCUGGCCCAGGCAGAGACAGGGCCAGCAGGAGGUGGCCGGAGCAAGAAUGCCUGAGCUUCUCGGGGACCCCCUUCCCAGAUGUACAGACUUCUCGCCACAUCACCUGUUCCCUCCCUCUGUCCCCUUUCUCCAAAAGCAUUCAGGGUCCAAGCAACAACACCCCCCCCCCGCAUCCCUGGAAGAAGAAUCUCUGAGGGCCCCUCGUAAUAUAGUGAGGAGAUUAGGAGCUCCCAUGUCCCCUGUGAUGCCAGUGAAGCACACAGGCUGUUGAUAUAUGGGGAUGUGGGGUGGCUUCUCCUCCAAAAGUGUUGGAGAGAGGGACAGGGUGUUGUAGAUCCUUGCUUAAAGUUACAGCAGAUCAACCAAACUACCCAAUCACUUUCUGGGGCAAAGGAAUAUUCCACAUGCCCAGCCAUGGCCCUCGUAUCCCAAGCAGUAAACCGGGAAGAUCCUCACUUGCACCGUUGUAAAACCCUUGUGUGGUAACAUGCCCCAUGCCCAGUCAGGUGCCCCUGUAUUAAGGAGGUGUUUUCAGAAAGAAAGGCAGCCCUUGUGCAAGAAUAUGCUGGAAAUGCUCCUCCUCUUUCUCCCAUCCGUAGUGAGUGCCAAGGGCUGAGGCAUCCGACUGCUCUAGAGGGAGCAGAAUACUGAAGAUAACUUCCAACCUGCCCGCUUGCUAGAGAUGUGCAUAAUUCUGAAGAAAGGAACAGCCUUUGGGUGGUGUGGGGUUCUGACUGCCGACCAGCCUUGGAUCCUCCUGGGAGAGAUUUCUCCUCCCAUAAUUUUACUGAGCGCAAGUCGCUAUUUUACAAAUGUAUAAAUUUCUCCCAAUAAAAAGGCACAGGUAGAACUCCAGAUGUGUCUGUUGUGACAUCUUCAGCUAAUCUAUUUUGCUAAUAUCAGGAAUGCUG